GUGUGGCCCAUGCAAGGUGAUCGCUCCAAAGUUUAAAGAAUUGUCAGAGAAGCACCUUGAUGUGGUCUUUCUCAAGCUCGACUGCAAUCAAGACAAUAGACCCUUGGCUAAAGAGCUGGGAAUAAAAGUUGUUCCCACCUUCAAGAUUCUCAAACAGAGCAAGGUUGUGAAGGAAGUAACAGGAGCAAAACUAGAUGAUUUAGUCCUUGCUAUUGAAACAGCAAAAUGUACCCAAUAAUAGCUCACCCAAUGAUCUCAGGCAGAGUAUAGACUAUUGUGGCUUUGAGAUCUCUCAGGAAAUAGUUGAACUUUACAUGCUACCCUCCUCUUUGUUGUUUUGAAGGAAAAUGAUGUAGCUGUGCCUAUGUCAGGCAAUGUAAUGUAAAAUACCUUUUUUUUCUUUUAUUACAUUUGAAGUAUAUUUUAUA